AUGGGAGACUGGAGUUUCCUGGGAGGAAUUUUAGAAGAAGUCCAUAUUCACUCCACUACCAUUGGCAAGGUUUGGCUAACCAUCCUCUUCAUAUUCCGGAUGCUUGUUCUUGGUGUGGCUGCUGAAGACGUCUGGAAUGAUGAGCAGACUGAAUUCAUCUGCAACACGCAGCAACCUGGAUGCAGAAAUGUGUGUUACGACCAUGCCUUCCCCAUUUCUCUCAUAAGAUACUGGGUUUUGCAAGUCAUCUUUGUAUCCUCACCUUCCUUGGUGUACAUGGGCCAUGCCUUAUACAGACUAAGAACAUUAGAAAAAGAACGGCAAAAGAAAAAAGCAAAGAUGAGGGCUGAACUGGAGGGAGCUGAAUUUCAAAUAAUUGAGGACCGUAAAAAACUAGAGAGGGAACUCCGACAACUGGAGCAAAGAAAGCUCAACAAGGCACCCCUUCGGGGCUCACUGCUCUAUACUUAUGUGAUCCACAUUUUGAUUAGAUCUAUCCUUGAAACUGGAUUUAUGAUUGGCCAAUACCUCUUGUAUGGAUUUCAACUAGACCCUCUGUACAAGUGUCAAACAGCUCCUUGCCCAAACACUGUCGAAUGUUUUGUCUCCAGACCGACAGAAAAGACCGUCUUUCUUGUUUUUAUGCAAUCCAUAGCAACCGUUUCCUUGUGUUUGAAUAUCCUGGAGCUCGGGCACCUGGUUUUCAAGAAGGCCCGAAAGGGAUUCUGCGGGCAGUACAGAAGGAGAGACGAGGCGGAUGAGGCUUACACCGCUGCUCUGAGAAACGGCCUUGAGAUGCAACUACGUGUCGGGGCGCCACCGAGGCCCCUGCCUUCCGCUCUGAGCGGAUUCAACUGGCUCCUGGGAAACCAAACGGAGGCGGCAGCGCUUUGCCAUUCAGAGGACCGCCAAGAGCACCGAGGGCCUGCAUCGCCAGCGCCCCCUCAGAACAGCAGCAGCUCCAACAACAACGAGGCGGCGCUUCAGGGACCCAAGGCGACCGCCUUCGAAACGCCCCUUCCCGCACUGAGGGGGAGCCCAGCGGCCCUCCCAGUAGAGCAGGACAGGCCGUCCCACACCCCAACGGCUGCUAGCGGCAAGCGCGCCGCUCCAGACCUCUGCAUCUGA